AUGGCAGGCCACAAACCUCGCGCCAAACCGACCGACGACCAGAAACCCCACCGAGGUGGAAAUGGACAAGGCGGUCGAAACAAGAAAGGAGGGUUCAAGAUCGGUCCCAAGUUGGGUAAAGGGGUUUAUCAGGGACAUGGUCAGUCGAACACAAUUCAGACGGGCAACUGGAGGGUGAAUGAGAAGCUGAUCGACGAUUUAUUCCGGGGUUGGAUCUUAUAGCACAAAAGAUCAAACAAACCUUGAUCCAUAAAGCCAAAAUCAAGAAAUCCUACGCCAAGGAUCUCGCUCAAGCAGGUUAUGCAUCGGGGAGCAAUUCGGCGAGCUUACCUCCCCCACCCCACCAAGCCACUCCCGAGGAUCAGGAGGGCGUCGAGAGUUUGGCGGAGAAGGAGAGGAAGAGGAACGAGAUGAGGGAGAGAAUGAAGGAUGAUCGGGGGAUUGCGGACGAGGAUGGGGAGGACGAGGGAGUGAAUUCGGAGGAGGAAGAGGAGGGGAGAGGCAGAGGGCGUGGCAAGGGGGUUCCUCAGGCUAGGGUUUGGGGUGCACCGAUGAGUGAGGAGAGAAAGGAAGAGUUGAGAAAGGAGGAAGAGGAUAGGUUAAAGGCACCGGUGGUUGAGGUUGGGCAAGGGAAGCGGUUCCAGAGGGGGAGGGAAGCUCAAGCGAAGGGAAGAGGCAGAGGAGCAGAAUCUUCGGCGUCGACGUCCGCUCCUCCUACCGCACCCACACCGACGAAACCUGCACGACCACUCCCGUUCUUUGCGUUGCCGCCAAAGGAAGAGGAAAAGAAGAAGCGCCCGCGAUUGAACGAAGAUGAGAUUCAGGCGAUCAGAAAGAAGAAAGAGGAGGAGAAGAAGAAGUGGAAUCAGCGGGGGAGGAAUGGGCAACCCAAGUUGGGGGGCAGGGUGGAGCAGUUGCUAGCGAGGAUACAGCACGGGAUGCAGUAG